CCUCUCCCUGCACCUUUCUUUAUCUUGGAGCCUCUCCCAUCUCUCCCUCCCUCUUCCUCCCUACCCCACCCUCCGACCACCCCACUUCUUCCCCUCCCCUCACACUUCCCUCCCUCCCUUCUCUCGUCUCCUCCCCACUGCGCCUCCCUCCCUCCUGGCCUUCCUUCCCUUCCCCGACUUUGCAGAUUUCUCUUCCCCCAGGCCUCCCUCCUCCACCUCUCCGCCCCCUCCGGGCUUGGCUCUCCCAGGAGGCUACGACUGGAGCCACUGGUCCCGCAGGGAUCCCCGCGUCCUCGGUCGCCGCGUCCACGUCCCUCUCGCGUCCCCGCCCGGCGCCACGCCGCCUCCUCUGGGUUCGGCCUCCGCGCGGUGCAGCGCAGUCUCAGGCCGCGGGACAAGGUACGUGCGCGUCCCCGGGGCACACAAGCCCACACAAGCCCGGGCCCCGCUCCUCUGAACUCCCGCGUGUGUUCUGACUAUGGCAAAGAAGGUCUUUGCCGCGUGCACGGCCCGACUUAAAUCUCUGCAAUGGCUAACGAAGCUUAUCCUUGUCCGUGUGACAUUGGCCACAGACUUGAGUAUGGAGGGCUAGGCCGUGAAGUUCAAGUCGAGCACAUCAAGGCUUAUGUCACCAAAUCCCCCGUUGAUGCAGGCAAAGCUGUGAUUGUCAUUCAAGAUAUAUUUGGCUGGCAGUUGCCCAAUACCAGAUAUAUAGCUGACAUGAUCUCAGGAAAUGGAUACACAACCAUUGUUCCAGACUUCUUUGUAGGGCAAGAGCCUUGGGACCCCUCUGGCGACUGGUCUAUCUUCCCUGAGUGGCUGAAAACAAGAAAUGCCCAGAAGAUCGAUAGAGAGAUCAGUGCUAUCUUGAAGUAUCUGAAACAACAGUGUCAUGCCCAGAAAAUUGGCAUCGUGGGAUUCUGCUGGGGUGGAACUGCUGUCCAUCAUUUGAUGAUGAAAUACUCAGAAUUCAGGGCAGGGGUGUCCGUCUAUGGCAUCGUCAAGGAUUCUGAAGACAUUUACAAUUUAAAGAACCCCACCUUGUUCAUUUUUGCUGAAAAUGAUGUUGUGAUUCCACUGAAGGACGUAUCUUUGCUGACUCAGAAGUUGAAAGAACACUGCAAAGUUGAAUAUCAAAUUAAAACAUUUUCUGGGCAGACUCAUGGGUUCGUGCAUCGGAAGAGAGAAGAUUGCUCACCUGCAGACAAGCCCUACAUUGACGAGGCGAGAAGGAAUUUAAUUGAGUGGCUGAACAAGUACAUGUAGCAAGAAUCAAGGGCAAGCCUUCCUAGAAUAGCUUUCAUCCCAAAAUUUGCUUGGAAAUAGUUAGAUCAUUUGAUUUAAUUUUCACUUUUAUAAAAUAAGUGUAGGAACCCUAAAAUUGAUUAUUUCAUUUGAAACACAAAUUCAGUAGGACGUAAUGCAUGAAAUAAUUUAAUUUUUGACAUGUACAUCGAAUCAUAAUUUAAAAACAAGGUCUGACCAGGUGUAGUGCCUCAUGCCUGUAAUUCCAGCCCUUUGGGAGGCCAAAGUGGGUGGAUCACCUGAGGUCCGGAGUUUGAGACCAGCCUGGCCAACAUGGCGAGACCCCAUCUCUACAAAAAAUACAAAAAUUAGCCUGGUGUGGUGGUGCACGCCUGUAGUCCCAGCUACUUGGGAGGCUGAGGCACAAGAAUCAAUAGAACCCAGGAGGUGGAGACUGCAGUGAGCCAAGAUUGUGCCACUACUGUACUCCAGCCUGGGCAACAGAGUGAGACCCUGUCUCAAAAAUAAAUAAGUAAAUAAAUAAAUAAAUAAAAUAAAAACCAGGUCAGUACCUGGAGAAUUUGAAUGAUAGAGAAUGAUAGAGUAAUACCCUAAUUAUUAGUUAAAACCUACAGGCCGGGUGCGGUGGCUCACGCCUGUAAUCCCAGCACUUUGGGAGGCCAAGGUGGGUGGAUCACUCGAGGUCAGGAGUUCAAGACCAGCCUGGCCAACAUGGUGAAACCCCAUCUCUACUGAAAAUACAAAAAUCAGCCGGGCAUGGUGGCAUGUGCCUGUAAUCCCAGCUACUCAGGAUUCUGAGGAGGAGAAUCACUUGAACCCGGAGGCAGAGGUUGCAGUGAGUCGAGAUUGCGCUACUGCACUCCAGCCUGGGCAACAGAGGGAGACUCUGUCUCAGAAAAAAAACCUACAGCUGUUCAAGGACCAGCUGACAGGUCAAGUGUGGCCUUUUCUGGUCUUUGAACACAUCAUAGAAAGUGACAAAUGCUGCAAAGCCAUGAAGAACAUGAACUAUAAAUUGGGGUAGACUAACUGCCCGGCUUAGACACUUAUCUAUGCCACAAAACAGCUGAAUUUGUCACAUUUAUAUAUUGCAAUAUGGGAAGUAUUGAGAUCAAAACAGGAUUCCAUUGACCUAAUUAUAUUAAGCUAAUAAACUAAUUUUUUGAAUGUU